CCUACAAUACGAUUUCUUUUUCCGUAUUAUCCCAUCGGAUUUCAUUGCCUUUCAAUUCGAUUCAAUAAAAUAUCUCCUCCUCCGUAUGAAUCAAAGUAACUAAUAAGAAGAUCGUUUGUCCAUUCGCCAAGAAGCCCGGAUUUUCUUACAUUUCGGUUCUGUUUCUCUCGCUGUUGGAGUUGGAUUUCGAGUUGACAGCUCGCUCCUCUGUCGGUUUUUUGUUUUUUGUGUUUUUUUUUUUCCUUUCUAAAGUUAGCAAUUUUCUCAGUGGAACCUCCCUUUCAGUUGGUACCCAUCAGAGGAUUUGCAGAUUCUUUUUUUGUUGGGCGCUUCACUCAUUGUUAGGGUUUUUUUGGUUUGUUCGAGAAACUCGUAAUAUCGGUUGCCGGAAGCAAAAAGUUCGAGUCUUUUUCAUCCGUUCCCGUUUUCUGCAGAUUCGUUUGCUUCUCUCUUUACCAAGUUGUGAUUUUCAUAUGCAGCUAUAAGUGUCUUAAGAUGGCCGAGCCGCUAGGACUGCUCAGGGUGACUGUAGUUCAAGGGAAAAAACUGGCAAUCCGAGAUUUCAAGACUAGCGAUCCUUAUGUCAUUGUCAAACUGGGCAAUCAGUCAGCCAAGACCAAAGUGAUCAACAAUUGCCUCAAUCCUGUCUGGAACGAAGAAUUGAGUUUUACCCUCACAGAUCCCGCUGCUCUUCUCUCUCUGGAAGUGUUCGAUAAAGACCGAUUCAAGGCAGAUGACAAGAUGGGUCAUGCCCAUCUCAGCCUUCAACCGAUCAUCUCUGUUUCAAGACUGAGGCACAUAAUUCGUGUCUCCUCGGGUGAGACAACGCUUAGAAAGGUCUUACCAGAUUCAGACAACUGUGUUUCUCGGGAGAGUGCCAUCAGUUGCGUAAAUGGGGAGGUAGUGCAGAGUGUAUGGUUGAGGCUAUGUGCAGUGGAGUCUGGUGAGAUAGAGCUGAAGAUCAAGUUCAUAGAUCCAUCUGCUCAGCCUUCGCAAUAGCUCCUACCAUGGAUCGUUUACCGAGUCAUAGGAACGAGUUAGGAAUCGUUUCUAGAGUAAUCUCUGUAGUUUGGUUAUGUCUUGUUCCAAGCGAAAGUGAAGGCUUUGAACUUUGCUUCUGUUGUGUUGCUCCGAGAAACAAAAAAUUUCCCUGGGUAGAUAAAUUGUAAAUUUGUGUCAAGAUACAAGAUGCUAUCAUAAGGAGUCAAGGACGCGUUCCCCGUUUUGCGUUUU